AUGAACGAGAAGAAAUUCUCCAAUGCCUCCGAGUUUGAUGGCAGAGGUCUCCAAGAGCGCCUGGAGCAUUCUCCAGGGCGCAGGUUGAGCAGGUCCGAGCAGGUCCAGGCCAUCGAUGCCAUUGCAACCGCGCCUGGCCUUACACUGGAUUCGUUUAAGCAUCUAGACGAGAAGGCCAUUCUCCGCCGGAUGGACCUUCAUCUGAUCCCCAUGCUGGCGCUCCUGUACCUGCUCUCCUUUCUGGACCGAGGAAACAUAGGAAAUGCACGCAUUGAAGGCCUUGUGGAUGAUCUUCAUAUGACGGGUCCGCAGUACAACUGGACGCUCACCAUCUUCUUCUUCAGCUAUGCGGCUUUUGAGGUUCCGAGCAACUUGUUGCUCAAGAAGCUGCGGCCUAGCAUUUGGCUGCCCACGAUUAUGGUUGCAUGGGGCACAGUGAUGACGCUGAUGGGCCUUGUAAAAGACUACAAGGGCCUACUAAUCACACGCUUCUUCCUGGGCGUUACCGAAGCCGGCCUCUUCCCUGGUGUGGCAUACUACAUUACCAUGUGGUACUGCCGCCACGAAGCGCAAUUCCGACAAGCCCUCUUCUUCAGUGCUGCCAGCAUUGCGGGUGCCUUCUCGGGACUUCUGGCCUUCGCCAUUGCGAAGAUGGACGGCGUUGGCGGUCAGGAAGGGUGGCGAUGGAUCUUCAUCCUCGAAGGACUGCUUACAGUUAUCGUUGCCAUCAUCGCCUUCUUCACCCUCUACGACUUCCCGGAGACUGCUGGCUUCCUCAGCGCAGAGGAAAAGGCUUUCGUGGUCUACCGCCUCAAGUACCAAGCGCAGAUCGCCGCUGCAAAGAAUGGAGAUACUUCUCAAGAUUCGGCACCUCACGUUGCUCAGACCGACGAAUUCAAAUGGAAAUACGUGAGAAGUGCGUUCCUGGACUGGCAAAUUUGGGUCAACAUCUUCGUCUACUGGGGCAUUGUGUGUCCGCUGUACGGCAUCAGCUUGUUCCUGCCCACCAUCAUCCGGGAGCUGGGGUACACAAGCUCGACGGCGCAGCUGCUCACCGUGCCAAUUUACAUCACUGCGGCCUGUUUGGCUGUUGGCAUCGCAUGGCUGAGUGACCGUAAGGGCGUCCGGAGCCCUUCUUGCUCCGUUACUGACAUGCUCAGAUUCAUCAUGUGUCUUUCUUCCGGCAAACCUGGUGUCGUCUACGCGGGCGUGUUUAUCUCUGCAUGCGCCAUCUAUCCAAGUUUCCCAGGAGUCAUCACGUGGCUUUCGAGUAACCUUGCAGGAAGCUCAAAGCGCGCUGUCGGCAUGGCCAUCCAGAUCGGUGUUGGUAAUUUGGCAGGUGCAAUGGCAUCGAACUUCUACCGGGCAAGGGACGGACCCCGCUACAUCCUCGGCCAUGCACUGGAGCUGGGUUUCAUUUGUGCAGGUAUCAUAGCUGUUGGGGUACUGGUGCUGAACUACAAGAGGAUCAACAAGAAGAGAGACAGACAGAUGGCUGAGGGGAUACACAAUGGAUUCACUCUAGACGAGAUGAGUGCGAUGGGCGAUAGAUCUCCUACGUUCAGGUACGCGCUAUGA